CUAAUUCUUUUCCCAUUCCUAACAUUUUUCUCUUGAUUUUUUUUAUAAUUAUUUAGAUUCUCAGAUUUUUAUUUAUUUGGUUCAAGAAAAGUGUAAUUCAAGAUUUAUCAAUAUUGUUUGAUCAGUUCAUGAUUCUUGGGUUUGUGUUUGAAGAUUUGUUGUGGUGUAGUUCAUGAUUCUUGGGUUUCUGGUGUAAUUCAAGAUUCUUAUUAGUUGUGCCGUUUGGUUUCUUGAAGUUGAGAAAAAUUGAUUAGGAAGUUUUGCGAUUAAAAGAUUGUGUAGAGAAGGAGAUGUCAGGCUCGGCGGAUUCGCCGAGUUCUUCAUUAACUAUUCCAUUGCCACCAGCAGACGAUUUGGAUCCUCCGCCCGAUGAUCCACCACCAUCAGACAAUGACUCGCCGCCAGCACCACCCGAUUCGCUCGGUGAAAACCUUUUAUUAGCCCCACCACCAAGUGACGCCGAUAGUCAAGCGCCACCACCACCAUCAACACCCCAAGAAUCACCUCCUCCACCAAACUCUCCUCCUCCAUCUUCACCACCGCCGCCAUCAGAGUCUGGUCCUCGUCCUAGCCCACCACCAACUUCAAAAACGCAACCUCCUCCAGCAGUGUCCUCACCACCACCACCAUCACUGUCCCCUUCUCCAAAAGCAACACCUCGUUCUCCACCACCACCGUCUAUUUCUCCUCCUCCUCCGGCCGGUAAUGAGUCCCCACCUGUAUCAAACAAUUCAUCAUCAUCUUCCCCUCCUCCGUCAGACUCAGCAGCAACUCCGCCACCUCCUGAGGAUUUUCAACCUCCACCUGCUGCCGAUGGCGUAGUGCAAUCUCCACCUCCGCCAAUAGAAUUUAUAGCUCCAUCUCCUCCAAAUACACCACCUGUUUCAUCAAACUCGAGCACAGUUCCGUCAGCACCAAGGCAAUCAGCUCCGAGUGGCUCAUCACCUGCUGGUUCAAACUCUACCCCUACCUCUAGCACAAGACAAACUAACUCGACCCCCACCGCAGGCGGUGGCGAUUCUGACAGCUCAUCAACUAAGGUUAUUAUCGGAGCCGUGUUGGGUAGUGUUAUACUCAUUGCAAUAGUAGCAAGUGUUUUUGUUUUAAAGAGGAGGAGGAGAAGAAAAGAUUAUUAUGCUCCUCAUUACAUGCCUCCCAAGAAUUUCACUGUACAAACAGAUGGAUAUUAUUACGGGCAACAGCCACACGGUGCAGGUUUCUCGGGUGCGAUGAAUUUCUCGUACGGUUCACAAGUACCUUCACAGUCACCGGACAGUUACGGAGGGAGUCAAAAGUACAAUCCGGAAUCAGAUAUGAUGGGUACUAAUAAAACACAUUUCAGCUAUGAAGAAGUAAUGGAAAUGACAGAUGGAUUUGCUCGUCAGAACAUUAUUGGUGAAGGUGGUUUCGGAUGCGUUUUCAAGGGGCAAACUUCUGAUGGGAAAAUUGUUGCAGUCAAACAACUUAAGGCCGGAAGCGGACAGGGCGAGCGCGAAUUUAAAGCUGAAGUUGAGAUUAUUAGUCGUGUUCAUCAUCGGCAUUUAGUUUCUUUGGUCGGUUAUUGUAUUAGUGAUAAACAACGAUUGCUUCUCUACGAAUUUCUUCCAAAUAAAACUCUUGAAUAUCAUUUGCAUGGACCUACGGUAUUAGAUUGGCCUAGUAGAGUCAGGAUUGCCAUUAGUUCUGCAAAGGGUUUAGCAUAUUUACAUGAAGAUUGUAAUCCAAAAAUUAUUCACAGAGAUAUUAAGUCAGCAAAUAUUCUAUUGGAUGACAACUUUGAAGCACAGGUAGCAGAUUUUGGGCUUGCCAGACUAAAUGAUACAACUCAGACCCACGUAUCAACACGUGUCAUGGGAACAUUUGGGUACCUGGCACCGGAGUAUGCAUCAAGUGGAAAAUUGACAGAUAGGUCUGAUGUAUAUUCAUUUGGAGUUGUGCUUCUCGAGCUUAUAACCGGACGCAAACCUGUCGAUCCAGCGCAGCCUCUAGGGGAUGAAAGUUUGGUUGAAUGGGCUCGCCCACAGCUCCACCGUGCCAUUGAAACCGGUGAUCUAACCGAUAUAGUUGAUCCUCGGCUUGAACGGCAUUAUGUGGAGAGCGAAAUGAUCAGAAUGAUCGAAACAGCAGCAGCUUGUGUUCGCCAUUCCGGUCCAAAGAGGCCUCGGAUGGUUCAGGUGGUGAGAGCAUUGGACAGUGAUGAUAUGUCUGAUUUAAGUAACGGUGUGAAGUAUGGGCAGAGCACAGUAUAUGAUUCUGGUCAGUACAAUCAGGACAUUAUGAAAUUUAGAAGAAUGGCUUUUAGCAGUAACGAAAGUUCAGACUUUGACACAACAAGUGGAGAAUACACCUCCAGAGAAGUAUCCCGCGGUCCGCCUCUUUCAAAUUUCACAAGUGAGGAAUUAGAAACAAAAGCCAUGAGAGAUGGCAGUGAGAGGAGAUACGGAGGGGGUCAAGGUAACGUAGGCAGCCGCCGGAAUUUAUAAACGUAACAUCGCAAUACCUGAAGACCAUAGUUGAAAGAACCUGCAUUUUAACUUGGUCUGCAUUUUUGGUGUCAUUAAAACCAGCACUAUCGCCAUAUUAUUAUUGAUACUAGGGGGAAAACAGAUUCCGUUCUGAGUGCAUAUACUGUUUUUUGAGAAACUGGUGAUCGAUUAUGAUGAUAUAAAGGUCAGAAAAAAAUAUAGAAACUUACUUGUAUUAUUUCUCAAGUUUUCUUUUCUUUUAAACCUUACAUUUCAUUAAUUGUUUGUCACACUAAUAUAAAUAUGUAUUAUAGAUGUUCAUAGCAUACUUUGAAUAGGAAACAAAGGACCAAAGGAAAACAAACUUAGAAUUUUUUUCUGUAUUGACUCUUCUGUAAACCCUUUUCAUUUACAAGAUCCCUGUUGAGAAAAUCUGCCCUAAAAGAGGCAAAAAUGAAGGGGUGACAAAGUUUCUAUA